UCCGUGUUACCAGCCUUAUUGUGACCUCCUCAAGAAUAAUCACCAAGCCUGCCUAAGGAACUGAAGAAAAGUGCCUGCAAAAGAGCAAGGAUUUCCCGGCAUGGGCAUGAGUGGCUUGAAGUUGCUGAAGUACGUUCUGUUUUUCUUCAACUUGCUUUUUUGGUUCUGUGGCUGCUGCAUUUUGGGCUUUGGGAUCUAUUUCCUGAUUCACAACAACUUCAGGCUGCUCCUCUCCCUCACACUGGGCAAUGUGCUUGUCAUCGUGGGCUCCAUUAUCAUGGUGGUUGCAUUCCUGGGUUGUAUGGGUUCCAUCAAGGAGAAUAAGUGCCUGCUUAUGUCGUUCUUUAUCCUGCUGCUGAUUAUCCUCCUUGCUGAGGUGACCUUGGCUAUCCUGCUCUUCGUGUAUGAACAGAAGCUGAAUGAUUAUGUGUCUGAGAGCCUGACUGAGAGCAUCAAGCAAUACCACUUGGACAACAGCACCAGAGCAACGUGGGAUUCCAUCCAGUCAGUUCUGCAAUGUUGCGGUGUAAAUGGCACAAGUGAUUGGAAUGGUCACCCACCAAAAUCUUGCCCCUCAGAUCCACAAGUUCAGGGUUGCUAUGCAAAAGUAAAACUGUGGUUUCACUCCAAUUUCCUUCAUAUUGGGAUCAUCACUAUCUGUGUAUGUGUGAUCCAGGUGUUGGGGAUGUCCUUUGCGCUGACCUUGAACUGCCAGAUAGAUAAAACCAGCCAGACCUUAGGGCUGUGACAUCCUACUGCCUUGUGCUGGAGAGGCUUAUUUCAUCUCGGGAAAUGCAAAAUCACUUAUAGCACAAAGCCCUAAAUGAUCACCUCCUGGCCUAGUGUCUUUGUCCCCCUCUCAUCUUUUCCCUGUUUUGGUCCCUGUCUCAUAGAACCAGAGAAGAGGGUGUUGGCCAGGCAUUUCUCAUCUCAGGCACCAGAACAACCAUCUACCCACUCCUGGGGGCAACUGUGUCCCUCAAGGUGGUGACACUAAUACCUGAGCAGUUUUGGACAUGAGAGGCCAAGAGAACUUGUGGCACUAAUAAGUCAAGAUCAAAGGAUGGGUCUGGGACUUUAAUUUUUGCAUCUUCUUGUUGUCAAAUAGGACUCUAGUUUAAAUCAUGCCCAGUACACUCUCCACCACCAAGCAAAAGGCAAGCUGAAGGGAGCUCUGGAGCCAGACUCAUUAGAUCACAGUUCCAACCCUCUGCUUCCUUUUGGCUGGGCCUAGGCCUUGGGUACAGGAAUGACAGAGUACUCUUUCUCCAAAUGGUAAGGUUUCUUGCAACUUCCUUAUUAAAGGGCCUUAUUGAUUCAUUCUGUCUUUCCAGAAGAAACUGUCCAGUGAUUCAUAUCCUGCCUUCAGCCAAUUUCUUAGCCUUUGAGUUUUACAGCUAUGGAAGAACUCAGCAAAACCAGUAUUUCUGGUGGUUUAGCUGAUAAUCACAUUUAGAAGAAUUCUGGUAUUAUUUCUCUAUCAAAUAAGGUUUGUUAAUGUACUAUUUUAAUUCUUCAAUAAAUAAAAUAGUUUAUGAUCUUA